AUGGAGUUAGAGAAGCCUCCUAAUAAGGAUAUUAAAGCAGUAGUCUUAAGCAAGGAAGAAGAGGACCUGAAUAAAUGGCUUCCGAUCACUAGUAAUCGGAAUGCGAAGUGGUGGUACUCGGCUUUCCACAAUGUUACUGCCAUGGUUGGUGCCGGGGUUUUGGGUCUCCCUUUUGCCAUGUCUGAGCUUGGAUGGGGUCCCGGUGUCACUAUGCUGAUUCUUUCAUGGCUGAUCACUCUCUACACCUUAUGGCAAAUGGUGGAGAUGCAUGAGAUGGUGCCGGGGAAGAGGUUCGACCGGUACCAUGAGCUAGGGCAACACGCUUUCGGCGAAAAGCUCGGGCUUUGGGUUGUGGUGCCACAGCAAUUGGUGGUGGAAGUUGGAGUGAACGUUGUGUACAUGAUCACAGGAGGAAACUCCAUUAAGAAGCUCCAUGACAUCCUUUGCAACCGCUUCACAAAUCUCCAUUGCAAGCCCAUGAGGGGCACCUACUUCACCAUGAUUUUCGCCGGCGUUCACUUUCUCUUAUCUCACUUUCCCAACUUCAAUGCCAUUGCUUCAAUCUCAGUUCUAGCAGCCGUCAUGUCACUGAGCUAUUCCACUAUUGGUUGGGCUGCUUCCCUCCACAAAGGAAUAGCCCCAGAUGUGCAGUACGGCCACAGGGCAUCCACAACAACAGGAAACGUUUUCAACUUCUUGAGUGCCUUGGGAGAUGUGGCCUUUGCCUUUGCAGGCCACAAUGUGGUUUUGGAGAUCCAAGCAACAAUCCCUUCCACACCCGAGAAGCCCUCCAAGAAGCCCAUGUGGAAAGGUGUCUUGGUUGCCUAUGCUGUUGUGGCCUUGUGCUACUUCCCCGUUGCCCUCAUUGGUUACUUGGUUUUUGGAGACAAAGUUGAGGACAAUAUCCUCAUAUCCUUGGAGAAGCCCUGGUGGCUCAUUGCCAUUGCUAACCUCUUUGUCGUUAUCCACGUCAUCGGUAGCUAUCAGGUCUAUGCUAUGCCCGUGUUCGACAUGAUGGAAUCGUUCUUGGUUCUAAGGAUGAAGUUCAAGCCAAGUUUCAUGCUUCGAUUUGUGACUCGGACUGGAUAUGUUGCAUUUACCAUGUUUAUUGCAAUCACGUUUCCUUUCUUUGGUGGCCUUCUCGGUUUCUUUGGAGGCCUUGCCUUUGCUCCCACAACAUACUUUCUCCCUUGCAUUAUGUGGCUUGCCAUUUACAAACCAAAGAAGUAUGGCUUGUCUUGGAUCACCAACUGGUUUUGCAUUAUCUUUGGAGUGCUAUUGAUGGUUUUGGCCCCCAUUGGUGCGUUGAGGCAGAUCAUACUACAAGCCAAGAGUUUCAAGUUCUACGCUUGA